UAUGCCCGGUUCUAGGUUUACCACUCUCGCGCCAAUUAAGAAACGCAACUCUUGCAUUUUUAUGAAAAGCAGAUCCUCGUUCGUUCCACCCUGGAACAACUUUAACUUUAGUAUUAUUACUUUGUUUAAAACAGCAAUUGGAACAAUGUUUGAGACAUUCAAUAAUCCUAUCAUAAAAGUUACUGAUAUCAUUAAAAUGCGAUUCGUUUUUACAUGAAUGCUCGUUACAAUAUAAAGCAUCGGGGAAGGAGAAUCUACCAAGCAGUGUUUCCGUAAGACUAUGGUACUGAUUAAUGUCGUUUCUGUAAAGGUUUUUCCAAUUAAUCUUUUUAGGAUUCAUAUGAUUCAUAGGCCUAUUAUCAUCAUUUUGACUACUUGUACUAAGACUGUCAAUUAUGAUUCCAGUAUAUUCAAAAGUGAUCGGAAAAUUUUUAUUUUUCUAUAGGUAGUUUUGUUAAAGAUUCUACACUAAGAAAAGUCUAAAUAUUACUCAUAUUUUGAAUAGAAUUAGAUUCUUACAGCAACUAAUCAAAGCACAGCUUUAAAAGCCAGGAUAUACUAUGUACUCGCAUCUACAUUUAUUAAGUGGUGUUUUAUAUUGGCAUAUGUUUGCUUCGUUAUUCACCGUUAAUUUUCAACAAGUCGAGAGUUUAUUUGGUAUACAACUAUUGGUGGCAGUAUUCACACACCUGUGAAAUUACUAUCUACUGACUGCACAACAACACGCCACAUCAAUCCUAUUACCUGAACUGAGAAGGGCCGGAUAGGUCAAAAGGUUUUCAAGCUCUUCUCUCAUUUCAGUGUCAGCUGACAUUUUGACAUAUUAGUAACUGCAAGCUACUCCAGUUAUUCGUGCACAUCGAUACAUUGGUGUUGUUUUAACUGAAUAAAGUCGGAAAAUUGCAAGAAAAAUGCAACUGGAGUUUAUGAUGAGAAUCAUGGUCUACAGUGUUUCAGUGUUUAUCUAUCGUGUAAACUCAUAUACUUGUCAAGACCAGUGGUAUCUGUUUGGUGACAGUUGCUAUAAAAACUUUAAUAAGACCGUUAAUUGGAACGAUGCACUUCAAAGUUGCAGGGAUAAUAAUGCAAGUCUGGUAACGAUAUCAUCAGAACCAGAACAUGAUUUUGUUAGAGAGCUUUGUAAUGCAUCCUCUUUUACGUGGAUUGGAUACAACGAUAUUGAAGAUGAAAACGUAUGGCGGUGGACGAUCGAAGCUGAAAAUUCAACUUAUACGGCCUGGAAAAAUGGGCAACCAAACAACUACCACAAUGUUGCUUAUGGUAGUCAGAAUGCAGAUUGCGCCGUUUCCAGAUGUGGUGUGGAAUCCACAUGGUCGGAUUACAUCUGCGAGUUUGUUGAUUCAUCGACCACUUAUACGUGUGAAAAAGAUGUGCACAUUUCAGAGGAAGGGAAUGAAAGACGAGCAGGUAAACGACGUCCGUGCUUAGUCUUUUCCCGAUGCAUUGGCUGCCCAGAAACUGGGUUGUGAGUUCGUCUGUAAAAUCCAAUGUUUUCACUUCACCGAUUUAAGUUUUACUAGACUGCGUUCCAUGUUCAGCAGAUAUUGUUCCUAUCAAACGUAAUCGCAUGUGAGGCAAAUCAGGGCCUAGAGCAUACACAAUAAGAAUUGGAUCAAUUUGAUUAGAGUAGUUUUCUCUUUUUAGUUGUGUUUAUACUACAAUUAAUAUUCAAAAUGUAAAUAUAAUCAGAAUUCUUACAGGUCGGCAAUUUUACAGUAAAAGGACACGUUAGCGUAGUGUGACAUUUUU